GCCCAACGGAUGCGCGUUUAGGUCCGUGUCGGGUACUUCGCAUCUUUCCAAUCUGUCUGUGUUUGAGCCGCCAUUUUGAGCCGCCAUUAUGUGGCUUUCUGUAAAAUUGGUGGUAUCGUGGUAAAUUACGUGGUAAAGUUACGGAUGCGUUUUUCUCCCAUUGUGACUGUGGUGCGUGAAUCGUGACACGAUCGGCAUGCACUAGCACGUUUCGGGUCGUGUUUUACGUCCCGUUUGGACCGCUUGGCGGACCUUGGAAGUAGGAAAUUUUCGCGUGUUUUUUCACUCCCUUGGCACGGGAGUUUUCUUCGCGCACACACACGCCCCGUCGCCGUCGUCGCCCGGGCCGUCGCCUUCUCGUCUCCCUGCCCGCCGUCGCAGCCGCCGCUGCCGCGCCCUGCCGCUCGCCGUCGGUCGUCGCUUGGUAAACGCGGUUCGACGUCGCCGUCCGUCGCUGCUAUUUUGCCCGGGAGUGCGAGUGUGUGCGUGAGCGAGAGGGCAAGCAGUGUGGAAGCAGUGUGAGCAGAGCACGUUGCGGGUAGACGCGAGUGAGUGGAAGCAAGAGAGAAGCCAGAGAACGUGAAGCGCGCGCCCGCCGUGAAAGAGUGCGAGUGAGUGAGAGAGCGUUGUGGUACGGUGGAGCGAAAGAGCAACGGCAGCUCAAAGUGUCAGUGGCGCUGGGCUGUGUGCCGCAAGAGCGAGUGAGAAAGCGUGCGCCGUGUGGUGCGAGUGUUUUGUGAGUUCGCGCGCUUGCCUAGCUUUUUUUUUCUUCUUUCGCUCGUGCCUGGUUGUUUGCAGGGCGGCAGCAUUAAAGCGCAAGGGGCAGCAAAUUCUAGCGUGCAUUUGUCCUGAGUGUGUGUGUGAGUGUGCGUCUGCUAGUGGCAUCCGGAAAUAUUGUUUGCCUAUUGUUCUAGCGCGUAGUGAACGGUGGUGCGUUGCAAAUCCACGCUUCCACCCAACAAAAUCGCGCGCGCUGGCGCACAAACACACACGCACACCCUGGCAGCCCUACAUCCCUGCUGCCUUCCCGCCCGCCCGCCUGCCUGCUUGCCUGCCUGCUGUACCUUGUUUUCGGUAGGGAUUCUCUCCCUUUGGCUGGCAGCACGGUAGGGCCUACUUCUGGGUGAGGUGCGGUGCUGUGCCUGCGUGUGUUUGUCGAAGGAGCAGACGGAGCGCAAGCGAGAAAGAGCGAGCCAGCGCACAACCGUCGACGAAAGCAACGGCCAAGAACGGCGCAACGGGAAAGAGAGAAAGAGAGGGAAAGAAGAGACGGGAGCGCGCGCACAUUCACGGGGAGUAGAAGUCGCGAAAGCAACGAAAUAAAAAAAAGUAACCAGAAAGAAUCAAAGCAGGCCCCAGCAAAGCGAAUAGAGAGCGUGUGGAGCUUGUUCGUGAAGAAGAAGGAGGGAGGUGUGGUAGUAGUAGCUGUGCUAAAAGGAAAGACGCCGCUUUUUUUCAGCAGGCAUUCAAGCCGUGCGAAAAAGAACAAGCAAAGAGAGGCGCACGGAGCAUCAUCAUCAACCCUACCCCCGGGUGUCUACCCUCGAACGAGAGAGAGAGCAAGAGAGAGAGAGGACGACAGAGAAGAAAGAAGGAAGAUUCCUAGAAUACAGGAAGCUCAUAGGAAAAAAAGGCCGAGGAAGAGAUUGGUACGAAAUCGUGUGUAGCGGAAAGGGUUGAAUGGUAGAAGAAAAAGCUCCACGGCACGGCUCGGUCGAAUGGGUGGAAGCACGACAGGAGCGAGAUGAGCGAUCCGCCACCACCAACAACACUACCACCACCACAACAACAACAACAACCACCACCACCAACCCACCAAAUGAGCAACUAGGAAAGUGAAAAGCAAAAACACACGUAAAAUAACAACUCAUCUCGAGUCGAACUGGGCAGGCAGAACCAGCAGCAGCGGCAGCAACAUUCAGUGUGGGGGUAGCGAAACUAGCAAAAGAACAAACGGAUCGAAUGGUGUAGCAACCGGGAGGCGAGCAAAAAGGCAACAACAACAAUCCUCUCCCCCUCCCCCCACCACACACUCACACACCCGCCCUUGCACAGUCGCACAACAAAACGGCGAAGGGAGGAGGGCAAACGAUCGUCUACGCUACCACCCUUACUACCACCGUCAUCAUUAUUGCCGCCACCAUAGAAACACGCUGCCAAGAUGUCGAAGCUCUCGUUCCGGGCAAGGGCCCUCGAUCCGUCGAAACCGAUGCCGAUCUAUCUGGCGGAGGAGCUGCCCGAUCUGCCGGAAUACUCCGCCAUCAACCGUGCGGUGCCACAGAUGCCGAGCGGCAUGGAGAAGGAGGAGGAAUCGGAGCACCAUCUGCAGCGAGCAAUAUGCACCGGACUCAUCAUUCCUACGCCCGAGGUGUACGACUCGACAGAUUCCGAGUUCUACGACAAAUACUACCCGCCCGACUACAAACUGCCCAAGCAGCUGAUCCACAUGCAGCCACUCAACCUCGAGCAGGACAUACCGGAUUACGAUAUGGACAGUGCGGACGAGGUGUGGGUAACGUCACACGAGAAGAAGCUCGAUCUCGAUCCGCUCAAGUUUGAAAUCAUGAUGGAUCGGUUGGAAAAGAGCUCCGGCCAGACGGUGGUCACACUAAACGAAGCCAAAGCCCUCCUAAAGCAGGACGACGAAGUGAGCAUAGCUGUGUACGAUUACUGGCUGAACAAGCGGUUAAAAAUGCAACAUCCCUUGAUACUGUACGUGAAGACGGAGAACCGGGGCAACAUGACACCGAACAACCCGUACCUUGCGUUCCGGCGGCGCACCGAAAAGAUGCAAACGCGAAAGAACCGCAAGAACGAUGAGUCGUCGUACGAGAAGAUGCUGAAGUUGAGGCGGGAUCUCUCGCGCGCGGUGACGCUGCUGGACAUGAUCAAGCGACGGGAGAAGCUAAAGCGGGAACAGUUGCACCUGAGCAUCGAAAUCUACGAGAAGCGCUACCAGGCGCAGGAUUUCCAUGGUCAUCUACUGUCCGAGUUUACUUCGAACGCGACGCGUGUUUCGAGACCUGCCUUCGCUCCGAUCUACUCCAACCAGUACGCACCGUUGGCAGGCGGCCAGGGCGUGAAUGCGGUGGGCACGGGCGCCGGCACUUAUGCCUCCUCGUCGCAGUACGGUGGGGCGGGUGGCAGCAGCGGCACGAACAAGCGUGAUAAUGAGAGUCUCAGCAGUCGAAAGGAGAAGCGACAGUACAAAAAGCGGAAGCAAAAACUGCAGAAAGACCGUGGGCUGUCGUCUGGCGGUGCCGGGAGCGGCAGCGGUGGUGUGCCGGGCGGUCGUGGCGAUGCUGCCGGGGGCUCGAGCAGUGGAAGCGGUCUGGGCAACUCGGCCAGCCAUCACCAUCUGCAUCCACAGCAGCAGCUGCACUAUCACGGUUCGAUGGUGGGCGGCAUCGGUGGCCGCGGUGUUGAUGGCACUGUGUCGGGCGGACUUGGGACGGAUCAUCAUCACCAUCUGCACGGCACCGGCGAUCAUGCUGUUUCGUCCGAUGACGAGGAGCUGGCGAACCUGCAAGGAACGUCGCCAGAAGAAGAGUACGCUUAUGCAUUCCGAAGGAGCAAACACAGCCAGUAUCAUAGGCCUCGUGCGGAUGGCUACGGUAACUGGCCGUGGACGUCUCGGGAAGAAAACGGUUCGGCGGAUCCAAGAUUUCGAUUUACGCUUACUUCUUUACGAUAUCCUAGACCCCGCUGUAUCGGUUUCGCCCGCAGACGCUUGGGGCGCGGUGGCCGUGUCAUAAUAGACCGAAUAGCGACCGAUUUCGAUGACCUGUGGUCUCGGCUGGACUACACGAUUGUCGAGAGUGAAACGAUCGCAUCGCUAACCGCGAACGAGCCUGCCAAAACCCGCGAGGAGCAGCAGAAGGAGGACGCUAACAACGAACCGAUUGUGGUGCCGAUCGGAAGGCGGCAAAUGGAGCGUACGGUCAGCAUGAGCAGCAACUGCAGCAACACGAGCAGCAGCGCGGGUGUGGUGGUGUCGUUGAAACCUCCCCGUCUACUACCCGGCACCACCACCGCGAUCGCCGUCAACCACCAUCAGCACCACCAGCCGCUGGUGAACGGAACCGAUGAGCCCGGUGCGGCCACGAACGGCACACCGGGCACGAUCGUGUCGCGUCGGAAGCUGAUCCUAAAGCAGGAGCAUCCCGCACUGCGCGAUUACGAAUCCGAUGGCGGCGAGAUCCAGUUCCUGGCCAGCAUCGGUCUGAUGAACAAGACCGAGUCGCAAGAGUCGGCCGAGGGCGCCGCGUUCGCGAGCACAAAGCGACGCCUUCGGUUCGACAGCGAGGAGAAGGACGAGCAGGGGGAGAGUGUAGUGGCAAGAGAGCAGCAGCAGCAGAGUGGCGUGUGCGAUGAACGAACAUUGAGUGGCGUUCCAAACUCAGAUUCAAUUGUGAUAAAAAGUGAAAACGACACGGAACCGCUGGUGUCGACGGUGGGUGGUUGGGGCGGUUCGGUUGUAGUGAAGCAGGAGGAGCCGGAGGUGAUGGAGGAUCACCAAAAGACGGGUGCUGCCUCCGGGGGAGGAGUCCCGAUGGCAGAGGACUUUGAGCAGUUGAUAGACAGUGUAAAUAGUCGCAAUAACGCCCGGAAUCGUUUUAACGUUACAACCGUAGCCGUAAGCAGCAAUAGUAUUAGUUCCACGUCGAACGUCGAAAGGGUCACCACGACCACCAGUCCGACCACCGCCACCGUCGGUGGACAGUCGCAGGAGCAACAGCAGCAGACCGUCGGUUCGUCCGCAAGCAGGCAGCAGGGACCGGGUGGAUCUCCUUCGCGCUUGCACGACGCCACGCGCGAAGAUAUCGACGCGGUGUACAAGGAUUUGCUGAACGACAUUCAAUCGAACUGGUUGCACUUUCGCCCGAAAACGCCGGAACCCAGCCAGGACGAUCUGCUUACGCUGGACGGCGAGGACGACCUGAUGGAGCAGUGUCUCGGUUUGACCGAUCGCAACCGCAUCACGCUCGAACUGCAGGCGCUCGACGAACAGCUACCUGCGACGAUAUUCUCCACCACCGCCAGCAGCAGCAGCAGCAGCACCAAGGGAUCGUUGGGAUCCUCGCUGUUCCGUACGACACCGUACGCGCUGGACAAUCUUAUCGAACCGCAUCCGUUGUCGCUCGACGGUGAAGGCGACGGUUCGGGAGCGAAAGCGGCAACGACUGCCGGCGCAUCCACAUCCUCCAUCGAGGUUAAGCUGGAGACGUCGGGUUCGUCCAGUGGGGAGAACAAUCUCAGCGUGCCGUCCGAACUGAACCUGAGCUUGAACGAAUCGAGCGAGGACAACGAGAAGAUGCUGGACAACAUUCUGCAGGAGUGCGCGAUCGAUGAUCCGAAGCAGCUGCACCAGACGAGCAACUUCUGGAACGGCAUCUUGGACGACGGUAUGCUGAACAGUCUCGACACGGGCCCGAAGGAGGAGGACGAACCGAUGCCGGAGGAUCCGGACACGAGCGAAUCGAACCUGCUCGCCUUCAGCACGGCAAAGAUUGGCUAUCAUUCGGAUCUGGUAGGCUACGGGCGUCCUGCCGGCGCGGCGGAUCGGCGCACGAGCAAGAGCAAACGGCGCAAGAUGCUGAAGCGCUGCAGCUAUCUGGUGGGCAGCAGCUACUUUGCGGUGAAGAGUUUGCCCAAGGAGGAAAUCUUCCAACCGCUGCUGGAUGCGGACGGUCAGCCGAUCGUGCUGGGCGAUGGCGAGCUGCUGGAUGCGCUUGGUCCUGGGGGCGACCAGUGCGACCUGCAGGACGUCGACGAGGCGAUGGACGCGGACACGGCGGUCGGCGUCGAAGCGAUGGAAAUUAAAAUGGAAGAGGAAGCCUCGCUGGCCGCGGCAGCAAACGAGCUGGCGGAGACGUCGACUCCGAUGGCGCUAGGGCCGGGCGAGCAGCACGUGGUCAAGAUUGAGCCGCCGGACGAGCUGGUGGCGUCGAGCGAACGCAGCGAGGCGACACUGUUGGGCAGCACGCCGACCGCGGUUCAGUUUCUACCUCACAACACUACGUUGGUUGCUCCCGACGGGACCACCAUCAAGAUGGAACCGUUCAAUCACAUCAGCUCCAUGGCGGCCCGCAGCUCGACACCGGACGGCGCCCCAGCGGGACGCGCAGUGCCGACCGGCUCGACGACACUCAUCCCGGCCACCAUCGUGGUAUCGCAGCCAUCGUCGACCGGCGGCAAUUCGUCGAUGUUUUCCACCACCGGUGGCAGUGUGCCGGCUGUGGUGUCCGUCGCCCUUCAGCAGGGUGGUUUGCAUCAGCUCGUGCACACCUCGUCUGCGCCAUCGAUGGCCCCAGGCACGACAAUGCUCGUGAUGCAGUCCAUUCCAUCGAACAAUAGCGCGGGCUCGGUACCAUCGACCCCGUCGGCGUCGGUCGCUGGCACGCCGACCUCCUUCCUGCUGAGCACUAGCGGAAACACAAACGCCAUGGGAGCGGCGUCCUCGAUCGCUGGUUCGAUCCUAGUGCAAACUUCCGCCUCCUCAUCGCUGGCCAACGCCGUCCAAUCGUCCUCCGCCUCGUCCUCAUCUGCCGCCUCGCUACUAUCCAACUCCACGCCGAUCGUCGUCACGGUGCCACCGGCCAGCAGUAGCGGCAUGUCGUCGGUAACGGCCGGCGGCGGCACGCAACCGAUGAGUGUUGUAAUGCCGACGAGCGGUACCAACACGGUCGUAUCGAUCGCUGCACCGAUCGUAGUGUCGUCUGCCUCCGUCUCUUCGCUGGGCCAAUCGAUCGCCAACGCCCAGUCAGCGUCGAUCAUCGGUAACAGUACCGUGGUCAGCAGUAACAGCGUCACGUCCGGUGUGAACACUGCCACCGCGCUGAACAGCUACAUCGUGCAGCACAACUCGACGCCGAUCAUGAUUUCGCACCAGCAAAUGCAGCAGCUGGCAAACAGCGGCGGGGCGAACAUUAUGACCGUCGGGGGGCAGCAGGUUGUCACGACCAAGCAGCACCACGGGGAAACGUUUGUGCUGACCCACGCGACCGGCAAGAAGCAGAUCAAUGGACCGUCCGAUGGAAGCAAGAAUGCCACCACAUCUGCCGUCACGAUGCAAAACAUCAAUCAUACAAAGUUCCACGCGCUGCUGGGUCAAAAGCUGGGCGCCAAAGCGAACGACAGUGCGCACCAGAAGCAGCUGGAUUUUUUACGCAAAGCCGCGCUGGUUACAACCGCCACGGGUAACAACGCCGCGCCAAAGAUGAUCGUGAAGACGGCCAACCAUGGCCAGCAGCUGCUCGCUGUCACGGCCGUCAGCAGUGCCGGCGGCAUGACGGUUCACCAUCCGCAAACGGCGUCCCAGCAGCAGCAGCAGCAGCAACAGCAGCAGUACAACGUGAUCCACCAGAACUCGCUCAACUCGCCCAUCACGAUCGUGUCCGCGCAAAGCUCGGGCCAGGGCCAGGCGAACAAGAUCAUACUGAACUCGUCGCACUUGCUGCAGCAGACCGGUGGCGUGCCGUUGAACCACGGCAAGCUGCAGCUGACCACCGUACACCAGGGCCAGCAGCAGGGAGGAGGAGCAGGUGGUCAGGUCGGUACGGUCAACAGCGACGGGCAGCUGGUGACGCUCGAUCCAUCGGGCCAAGGGCAGGGCAUCGGUGGCGUUAAGCAGGCGGACAAGAAUCGCGUAUCGCUCUACAACAUCAAGGGCCGCACGCCGAUGAUUGUCACGAACCAGAAGCUGCUCAACCUGCUGCCACCGGCGCAGCAGCAAAAGCUCGCGAACAUUGCGAUGCAGCAGACGCACCAGCAGCUGCUGCUGAACCAGGCCGGGCACGGGGGCAGCACGACGAUUCUGAGCAAAGGGCAGAUGAUUCAGCGUGUCCCGGUAAGCAUCCGGACGCUGACCCAGUCCCACCAGCAGCAAACGAACCUCGCCGACAUGGUCGUGGUGAACAACCCGAACAGUAUCAAGUUCAUCCAGGCGGCGGCAUCGGCAGCAGCAGCAGCGGUCGCAGCCGGAGGCGGAGGCGGAGGCAAUGUGGUGAACAACAACAGCAGCAGCAGCACGGCCGGAACGCUGGCCACGAGUCGGGUGAACUCCAACACAACGUCGGUCGCGUCCAGCACGACCAUGAACGCUUCCUCCGACGGUGGCACGGGUGGUGGCGCAGGCAGCAGUAGCGGUGGUGGCGCAGGCAGCAGUAGUAGCAGCAGCACAAGCAACUGUGUACAAGUGGCCACACUGUCCACCUCGACGGCAAACGUCAACAGUAGCGGCGGUGGAACGUUGACGAACAGCAGCAGCAGCAGUAACUCUGUCGCUUCAGCGGCAACGUCUACGGCCGUCACGGCAGCGUCGGGCGCUGCUGGCGGCGGCAGCACAACGGUGGUGGUUGGUAAUGCCAACAGCAAUGGUGGUGCCGGCGGCAACGCUAGCGCUGGUAACACUAACUCUACAGCCAGUAUAAACAUUACCAAUAGGCAGGGUAGGAAAAUAGUAAGCAGGAAGCGGUGUGCGGAUGUUUGUGAGAGGAGGCAGACGCGUAGUUGUACGCAGGCCGAACGAGUCUUGCGUAGUUGCAAGAGAAACCUGAAAGACACUUAAGAAGGAAGAGGAAGAGGUGUGGUGUCGCGUGGUGUGGCCAUGAUAAAACACACAAUGUGAACAUGUGUGUGAGUGUGGAAAUCGGUCAGCCUGUGUGCUUAGGGAGGAUUGUGCUGAUAGGAUUGACCGUUUUACAGUUUUUAUCAAAAGAUGGCCAAAAGUCGUUUUGAAGCUCGUAUACCAAAACAUGUUUUAGAAUUUCUCAACAGUAAGGGGCAUUUAUUUGAACAGGUUUGCCCAUACCCGUCAUAUUAAUUACAAGAGAUUUAAUUAUUCUGUGAUUCCUGAUCUCUUGAUAAUCGUUGUAGGGAUGCUAUUUUUAAAUUGAACAUUUCAAGAGCAGAUAGUUUCAUCAAUUAUUAGUGGCCGAUCUCGAGCGCGCGCGCUGUCUCUCUCUCUCUCUCUAUCUCUUUCUAAGUCAACACUUUCGAAAUUGUAAACGCUAGUGAAUUUUAACAAAACCGUUUUUCUUUUCCAAACAAUCCCAAAGCACACCGAAUCUUUGCCACAGGUUGACCGAUGCAACCACGUUCGAAAUGCAUGCGAUUGAUGCAUAUUCGCGAUUUGUUGACAGACACAGUUCCAAUGUGCACAUUGGAUGGCGAUCAAGAACUGUGUGUGUGUGUGUGGUUUGUGUGUAAUAACAGCAAAACUGGCCCGAAUUUGUUGGUAGUGAAGGAAUGUUCCUACUGUUUCUCUUGCACCCAUUUUCCUCCCUUCCGUUGUGUAUUCUUUUAAUUUUCUAAAAGGAUAUUGCUUCUGAAGAGCAAACGCUGCCCUCCCGCCCUUCAUCCCUCCGUAGUAAUGGAGAGCAACGACCGGCACGCGAUUUACCAUCACUUUUGGCAAUCCUACCCCGUAUCUCUUGCAGCCGAAGAACUGUACAAUGCUAAGGCAGCAUGUUUUUUUUUGACACGAAGAGGAGUUACGGAAGGAGUUUGAGUGUGUGGUUCAGAUGCAUCAGAUUCACUGAUGGAAGCGGAAAGCAAUGCAAAGAAAGAUGCAUGGCAAACACACUAUCGAAACAAUCGGACCCCUGUCCUCUCUCUCACACACACAUUCUGUCCGCUCAUCGUCAUGAUGGAGGAUAGUGGUAUGACGAAACAGAAUAAAACGUUCAGCGAACUGAAACGAAGCGAGCCGGUGUGUUGUAAUAAUAGGGUCCUGUAAGUAAUAUAUAAGUAUCUGUACAUAUUAAUAGCUUUAAAACAACUGCAUAACUCUAGCUCGGUUAGACCGUUGUAGCAGCAGCAACAGAAUCACCGGCAGCAGCAGAGGAACGAUCUAAAACAAGCCAGGGGAAUGAUGUAGGGUGGGAGGGGGGGGGCGAGGGGAAGAGCUCUAGUAGCAAUCUGUGUGUUUGUGUGUCAUUCGUUGGUGAAUGCAAUAAACACGCCAGGAAAACGAAAAAAAACCUACACCUCAUACACUCAUCAACAAAACAAGGAAAAUAAAAGCAGAAGCAAUUCCAAUAAGGGAGAGCAGUGCAAGAGAAAAGCAGAAAAAAGAGGAUUGGUUAUAAUAGAAUAUACACUAAACGGAAGCAAUGAGAAGCAAAUGCAAAAAUAACGAAAAAUACAACAGCAGCAGCAGCAGCAGCAAAAAACAUGCAAACCAAAGGAAUAUUGGAAUGAGCAUAUAUAUGUAGCACUGGAUAAGCUGUCGCGCGACGUAAGCAGGAGACCUUCUAAUUAUCUUUUCUUUUGAGAAUUUUAGUGACGUUCGGAGUUCCUUUUUUAGUUGGAUGUUUGGUGCAAGCCGAGUGUGUUUGAGGAGAAAAAAAAAUGGAUCUGUGCGCAUCACAGUGAUGACAUUUGGUGGGUGGUUGGGUUGUCUGUUCGGAGGCGAACGGCUGCGAACCAAGUCCCUUGUGCUGCUAACCGUCAAUUUCCCAUUUUCUCCCAACAAAAUUGCCUGCAAAAUCAGCUUCUGUUUCUCAAUCCCACUUCGCUCCUGUAGUUUGGUGUGUGCGUGUAUAUUUGUGUGUAUUUGUGUGUUUUAGUUCGUGUUGUUGUCGAUUCCCCGUGGUAUGUGUACUUCCUGUGCCACUGUUCUGUGUUCUUGUUUGUUUGUUUCUCUGCCUCUGUUCGCUCCUUGUUCCUUGUUUUAUUUUUCUUCUAGUUACUGUGUCUGUGAUUGUAAUGUCGUCUUUCUUUUGAUUCCGGUAUUUGAAAGUUGUGUAAAAAAGCAAAAGAAGAAAAAAAAGAACAACUAGUUAGAAGUAGGGACUUACUUUUACGAAAAAACAAAAAACAGAAAUUAUCGUGCGCUACUACUCUGGUAAUGGUAAAAAUCUCGUUAUAGUAAAGUAAAUUAAUAAUGGUAGUAAAUUUAUGGAACUAGUAACGAAUAUAGAAUUACAUGACUGCAUUAAACAGGAAUAGUUAAAAAAACAAAGAGGAGGAUGCAGAACUACUCCCUCUCUCACCACACUUAAAAACAAACGCUUACGAAAACGGUUACGGAUUUACCAAUUUCAACCUACAUCCACAUCGGGGGUAACACAAUAUCGUGCAAACCGCGUGUCACGGCAGCUACAAAAACAUUGACCCGGUAACCUGUUGGUAAGACAAAACAAAAAAAAAAAACGGUUCUUAACAACAGAGGCGGGAAACGGGAGGCACGUUCUCAUUCUUCAUUCAUUAUUUCACACACCGAUAGCGAAAUGAUUGUGCGUGGUGUGUGGUGUGGUGGUGGUAAUGACUAAAUAUUGCAAAACGUAAAGACACAUCCAUCCGGUUCUACUUCUACAUUCACAAAGAAAUACCCACGGGGUACGAUUUACUACCAAAAAGCGAUGUACUACUAUUAUCGCGUAAUAAUACUAUUACUACUACCUAGAUACUACUACAGCACAACCUACUACUGCUACUACUAGUACUACUAUUACACCUUUGGCCAGUUCCAGUCGCGUGAGGACGCUUAGGGGAUGUUUUAUAUCAAUAACAAUCCUUUGAAAAGAGACGCGAGACGCCAGACCGGCCAGGCUGCUGGGAAUAACCGGGCAAGAAGCUUUAUCGUCAUCUGGCACGGGUGAGAGGGUUCUCUAGCUCCGUGGUCGGUGCACACGUGUGUUGCAAAAACGAAGAAAAGAAAGGAACAAAAAAGAAAACAAUUGUUUUAAAUUGUUUUGCUGUAAAACGUGUGUUGUGUAAACGUCGUCUUUUCGGUCUUAUUGUGUAAGGGAAAAAUCAAUCACGGUUUAAAAAGUGAAUAGUUAAAAUGCUCUGCGAACUUUGACCCAGGUGGUGGUGUUAUACGAGGCAGAGACCCCUUCUUUAUGCCAAACAUUUGCACCCCUUUCGCGGAAAUCAUUGCUGCUUCCUACCCCCCCCCCCCCGUUACACGGUUGUCUAUCGUCUAUUGCUUUUUGUCCACUGCAUCAGUGUGAGCGUUGUGUGUUGCUGUGCGUGAGACAGAGAGAGGCACGAAAGCGGCUUGUUUUAGACACUUGUGAACUCCACCGACUAAUAUUGUGGUCGCGUCGAGGGUAACAACGCGUUGAUUGCCCUUCUUUUCACUUAGGAUGCAAAAUGUUCCCUAUUUUGUUCUGUCUGGCAUGCUGCUGCUACUACUUUCAUUGCCGCUACAAAUAGUAGUUACCAGCAAAACGGAAGAAAGAUAGAGCAAGCGAACGUAUAGUAUUCCGGAUUCGACGUGUUUGUCCAUUUUACAUGAACCGAAGCAGCGCAGCAAAUGGACCUGUGUUUUGUGGCACUACAGAAAAUUUUGUGGUGAGCCGAUAGAUAAGAAUGUAGCGAAAAUAGAGUUAAAAGAAAGAGAUACAAGCUGGUAGGAAAUCGUAAGCAGCAAUGGUAAAUGAACAUUGGUAAAGUGUGUGUGUAUGUUGUGGUUUGGUGAAAAAAGGAAGAUGAACAUUUCCAAAACACAUGACAAGAAGUAAGAAAAUUACAACAUGAAGGAUGAAAGAGAAGUAAAGAAUGAGAACAGCUGAAAGGAAGCAGAGGAAAAGAAAACCAAAAUGAUGGUCCGUUGAUUUGUUGCAAAAAGCGCUAAGCUUAUAACACAUGAUGGCAUAUAUUCGACAAAAGUUUGAUAAAAGAGGAAAGUGUA